AUGGAGAUAGAAGACAGCCCUUUCGCGCACGCCCGCUUUGCGUUCCUAUCUAUGAUUGACACUCCCGCUACCGAAUUUGAUGCUCCGAGUGGCCAACACAAAAUCACCGAAGCGCAUGUAAACGGCAUCUGGAACGGUGUGCUUCAGGCCUACUUUCCGUUCCCCACGUUCACUGUUGCCCCAGAAUUCUGGACGACCCAGGCAGGUCGUGGUGGCUCCCGGGUCGAUUUAGUCGUCUAUCGGGUCUCAGACGGUCGACCUGUCUUCGUAUUUGAGGGCAAGCGCGAGAUGAACAUUCAAUCCGUGAAGAACUGGAAGCAGAUGGCCCGAUAUCUGAGGAGCUUGCAUAAACGGCAUGAUCAAAUCACCUACAGGAUUCUUGCUGGCGAAGACGAGUAUAUCAUUCUGCAAUAUGACGGGCGAAAUAUUACUCGUGUGGCGGAGCGCUCCCUACUCGGAGAUGGCAAUUUCCACACCAAUUCCCUGCUACAGGGCCGAAAUGAGACCAACUCGGAUGCAAUUUUGAAGGCGAUCGCCAUCAAGAUGAACAAGUAG